AUGCCAAACAUACAUAGCUCGCCAAAGCAGUUACCUCAGGGGACACCAACGGAAUCCAUAAAGUCAGUAAAACAAGUAAAACCGGAAAAGCCACCAAAACCGGCAGUAACAGUAAAAAGACUUGGCUUGCAGGAUACGUUGAAGCUAUGCGUAAAGUAUUUCUGGUAUGGCGUUAAGGAUGCGUUUGCCUGGCCAUCGAGUUUGAUCAUAAUAUAUAUGUCAAGCACGAUUCGAAAUCGGGCCUUAAAGUGUUUCACCCUGAACGGCAUCAUAUUCUUGGGCAGCAUAGCGUUGUUUAAUAAUUUUACGUUGCCAAUAUUACAUUUCUUUCUGGGAAAUGAAGGCGCGGAAGAAGGAGGAAGAGAGGGUGGAGAGAAAUCACUGUUCGUUGCGAUUAUUUUAGGGUGGCUUGUGAAAUUGACAUAUCUGUUAUUUUGGAUAUACCCAGUUUUCUUACUCAGUUUUGUUUUGAAUGCUAUGUGGUAUCAACAAAUUGCAGAUAGAGCCUACAGAAUAAAAUACGGACAACCCUCUAACCAACAGCUGACGUAUUCCAGAUUACCAAAGGUUGUGGCUGAUGAGAUCUAUCGAGCGUUGCUAUUGAUGAACUAUCUCAUUGUAGCGACGCUGGUCUAUGUAAUACCGAUCAUUGGUCCAGCGUUGUCUUUUAUGUUUAUCUGUUGGAUAUACGCUUUUUACAGUUUUGAAUACAAAUGGACAGCCAAGAGAUGGAACUUGGAACAAAGGAUUGAUUAUUUUGAAGAGAGAUGGGCUUAUUUUGCCGGAUUUGGUAUAUAUGCCGAUUUUAAGUGUAACUGA